GCCAAGAGACGCUGCAUAGCAGCUAGGAGAGCUUACAGAAAGGAUUUCCAGGAUCACGCAGAAGCAAACAAUCAGCAGUUCUUAAAAUCACAGACACACCGCCUGCUAAGAAGAGUGUCAGUAGAGCUCUCCCGCUGCCCCUGUCGAUGCUGGGAAGCUCCAGCAGCUGGGAUUGAUCAAUCAAUGCCCUCCUUCACCUCCCCCGAUCAUGUGAUGCUGCUCCCGAGCGCGUUAAGCUGCCGGAGCUGGGCGCUGCGUCACUCCCGCUCGGAGAAGGGGCUCGGGCUGCUCUGCCUGCAGGGGCUGGUGCCGGCAGCAUGGAGAAAGGACUGGUUGUUACUCAGCUGGAUGUCGAGCCUGGUGAGUGCAUCAAGGUCAAAGGGAAGAUCGAGUCUGAUGCCAAAGGGUUUGCUGUGAAUGUCGGGAAGGACAGCAACACCCUCCUGCUGCACUUCAACCCUCGCUUUGACUGCCACGGGGAUGUCAACACCAUCGUGUGCAACUCCAAGGAGGAUGGCACCUGGGGGGAGGAGGACAGGAAGGCUGACUUUCCCUUCCAGCAUGGGGACAAGAUUGAGAUAUGCAUCUCCUUUGAUGAGACCGAGGCAACGGUGAAGCUGCCCGAGGCAGAGUUCAAGUUCCCAAAUCGGCUGGGCAUGGAGAAAAUUCAAUACCUGGCGGUGGAGGGUGACUUCAAAGUGAAAGCCAUUAAGUUCAGCUAACAGCUCUAGCUUGGUUUGUUUUGUUUUCUGCCCCUGUAGUGAAAUAAACCGAAACUUGCAA